AAACACCGGAUAGAAAUAAUCUCACCAUACCUGAUGCUUGCAUUAGUAAUCUUUGCAAUGGCAUAAACAAUUUAUGAAUGUUAUCUCAACACAAGUGAAUCAAACAAUACAGUUGGUGUACCCCAAGAACCAAACGUACGGGUAACGAACCAAACGUACGGGUAACAAGCCUAAAGAAUCAACUUUGACAGCAACGAAGUCAACUGAUGUUAAAAAAAACCCAAUCCCACUUUUCUCGUGUAUAAAUAAAUUAAAGAAUUAGAUCAAUUCCAUCGUAUCCUAUAUUUAUCCAAAAAAAUAAAAAUCUGAAUUCUUGUACCUCCCCCAUAUUGACUUAAAUUCAUAUAUUGAAAUCAAGAAAUAGUAGGAGUAUUUGUGUGUGUUGGUAAAUGGGUUCAGAAACAGAGGUGAUAUUAGGGGUAGAUGGAGGAACCACCUCAACUGUGUGUGUUUGUAUGCCACUUAUGCAUAACAACAUCCCUGAUCCUCUUCCAAUUAUGGGUCGCGCUGUUGCCGGCUGUUCCAAUUUUAAUAGCGUUGGAGAAGAUGUAGCUAGAGAAACACUGGAAAAGGUUAUAGAAGAAGCUUUGUUUGAUGCUGGUGUCAAACGAUCAGCUGUUCAAGCAGUUUGUUUGGGUCUAUCUGGUGUGAACCAUCCAAAGGAUCAGGGGAAAAUAUUAGGCUGGCUGAGGAGCACAUUCCCAAGUCAUGUUAAGUUGUAUAUUCAGAAUGAUGCCGUGGCUGCUCUAGCAAGUGGUACGGUGGGAAAACUUCAUGGCUGUGUUCUGAUAGCUGGUACAGGAAGCAUUUCUUAUGGAUUUACUGAAGACGGAAGAGAAGCUCGGGCCGCGGGAGCAGGGCCUGUUUUGGGUGAUUGGGGGAGGUAAAGUUGGUGCGUAUUCAUUGUUUUUCAUAAAGAUUCGUAUUCUGCUACAUUUUCCUCUUCCCUAUAACCUGAAAAAGACGAAUAUGUGGAGAAACAUAUUCUGCUCAUAUAUAUAGGAAAUUAAUUGUUUUUGUGUUUUUCACUUUUUGUCUUUUUUGUCAUAAGAAAGUAUACUUCUGCUAAUUUAGAAUUUCAGCAUAUCAGUUGGCCUUGAAAAGGUCUCCAUAGACA